AUGAUCUUCGGAAAACACUCCAUGUGCAGAAGUGAAUCAAACUCAAUCAACUUAACGCAGAUUAAACAACAACCUGAUUUUGACUUUUUAGAUAUCGAGAGCAUUGGUGUUAGAUGCAGUCCAAUGUGUGGAGGCUGUAAAUGUGGCACCUUAAGAGAAGAAAGGGAACUAAACUUAAUUGACGAAGGGUUAACGCACGAGGAUGGUAGGUGGCAUGCACGCUACCCAUGGAUCAAAGACCCACACCAAUUGCCAGAUAACAGACCUGUAGCAGAAGUCAAGCUAAAAGCUCUAGAGAAAAAGCUGCUCAAAGAUUCAACUGGCGCUAUAUGUUAUACAUCCCAAAUCGAUGACAUGGUGAAAAGAGAGGUAGCUAGAAUGGUGAAUGAAGAUGAAAUGAGAAGGUAUAAAGGUCCCGUGCACUACAUUGCGCAUCAUGGUGUUCCCAAACCAGAUAGCAAGAGCACUCCCUUGAGAAUUGUUUUUAAUAGUAGCGCAAGUUAUCAUGGCCACAUACCUAAUGAGUAUUGGGGGAAGGGACCCGAUCUGAACAAUAACCUUCUAGCAGUGCUUCUGCGAUUCCGACGAGACAAUGUCGCAUUAGUGGGUGAUAUUAAGAAGAUGUAUCAUAGCGUUGGCAUCUCGGAACUGGACGAACACACCCAUCGCUUUUUAUGGAGAAAUAUGGAUGUGAACCAACCGAUUCGCACGUACUGUGUUACUGCUGUAAACUUUGGAGAUGGACCAUCAGCCACCAUCGCUAUCAGAGCAUUACAAAAGACAGCUGAGCUAUACAAGAACGAGUUCCCAGAAGCAGCCAUGACUUUAGAAAACAAUGUAUAUAUGGAUGAUAUUGUCGAUAAUGUACCCGACGUCAACAAAGCAUACCAGAGAGCUAAAGAAAUUGACACCGUGCUGGCUAAAGGAAAAUUUGUGGUGAAAGAGUGGAUUGUUUCUGGAGUAGAGGAUGAAACCACGAAAUUCCUUGGGCUGAAGUGGAACCCCAGAGAUGAUCAAUUAAAGGUACUAAUACCAACGCAGCUAACUGACAAGUUUGAGAAGUUAACGAAAAGAAAAUGCUUGAGUGCCACAAAUGCUAUUUAUGAUCCACUUGGAUUAUUGUCGCCAGUGACCGUUAAAGCUAAAAUCUUGCUAAGAAGGCUAUGGGGGAAGAAGUUGGAAUGGGAUGACCAAUUGGAUGUCAAAGAUUGCGCUGAUUGGUUUGACUUUUUCAGAGAUGUGAAAGCGUGUGAGGACAUAACCAUUCAACGAAGUGUAAAGCCACCUGGGAUUCUAGAGUCCGACCCCAUUCUUGUAAUGUUUUCAGAUGCCUCCGAGGAAGCCAUUGGUACAGCAGCGUACGUAAGGUUACAACAAAUUUGA